AUGCUGGUGGCCGUGGACGCCAGCCAGGGGGCUGGCUGGAGCAUUAGCAGCGACAAGGACAGAGACCUGCAGGUGCUGUUACAGGAACUCUGCGAGCUCCAGGCAAAGCAGAGGAAGCUGAAGAGAGAGGUCGAGAAGCACAAGCUUUUUGAAGACUAUCUGAUUAAGGUCCUUGAGAUAAUCCCUAAGGGUAUGUAUAAAACAGAGGAGCCAGAGGUGGUCCUGGUGGAGACCAUGGUGGAGCACUAUGGGCAGCUCUUCACAAUCAGCCAGGACAUCCAGAAGCAUCUGGAGGCCUUCUCCGAGAUGAACCAGGUCUUCCACCAGAGGCUGGAGUCUCUAGAGGAGAGCCACAGGGCUCUUAUCCCGAGCCUCAAGAUUCGGCUGUGUCAGCUGCAAAAGCGAUGUCAUCAUGAGCAGAAGCGGUGGGGGCAGUUGGGACACCGUGUCACCUCCCAGAAGGACAUGGACAGCUCUCAUAACGAGCUGCUCGACUACCUGCAAAAGGCCAUCAACCACAUGGUCCAGCAGUGCUCCCCCUCUGCGCACAGCACGCCCAAGAGGAUGGGCCUCUUCUCUAAACUCGACCUGAUUCAGGAAUUUAUGUUGGACAAAAUGGAGACAGUGAGAUAUAUCUCACUGCUCAUGGAACCUAGAGUAUGCUGGUCAGGGGAUAGUCUCACGCACCCCAGAAGAUACGCCAGAUCCUUCAGGAAACGCCCAAGGGAUCAAGAUUCGGUCCCCAGAACUCCCCUUCCAGGCACCCAGACUUCAGAGUGCCCCAGCUCGAACUGAGCCAGCCAGCGGCCAUGUAGACUCUGCCAGCAUCAUGACCAUCUUCCUUCCUGUCCAGCCUCCUUUUCUCACCACAGUGCCCCCGAAGUGAGCAGGAGCUAGCCUGGGGGUGGGGGGCGCUGUUCUCUGUCCUGGGGGAUCAGCAGGAGUGGCGGCUGGGACUGGGGAAGGCGGGGGGUUCCCGGGUUGCAAGCAGCGGUCAGGUGGGAGGUCCCAGCUUGGAGGCUGCAGGCUCACAGCCAGGGGUGGGUUUGUCUAAGAAGAGCUCUGGUUAGAUUGCCUAGGUUUUAGGAACAUCCGAACCACAAGAACUCUCAUACAGAGCCACCCAGAGCUAUAGGAUGCAUGGGAGCUCGCCUCAC